AUGGAAAGCUUCGCGAGCUUCUCAGGCGCCGGAGAAGCGUUUCAAAAAGAAUUGCAGCAUAUGAUGUAUGGAUUUGGUGACGAGCCAAACCCGCUUCCAGAGACUGUGGCGCUUGUAGAAGACAUUGUUGUGGAAUACGUCACAAAUUUGGUUCAAGAUGAAACCAUUAGGAACCGUGAAAUACAUUUUGUCACGGGAGAGUCAUACUAA